AUGUACCAUUUCGUCCACAGAGCGACCUUCGUACAGCGCUUCAGCAACUUCUGGGUUGGCGUCAACUCCGCCGUCAUCACCGACAACAUGGCCCGCUUCCCCCUCAGCGUCAACCCCAGCCAGCUGGUGACCCCCUACAUCACGCCGUGUCCCGAGGAUCUCCCCCAGACCAGCACAACGACCAGCACCACGACAACCACCACAACACCAACGACCACUACAACUACACCUUCUACAACGACGACUGCAACCACGACGACAACUACAAGACCAACAGACCGUGUAACCUCACCAUGGGUGACCACUCCUAGACAGGUUCUACCAACCCCGGCACCAGCCACACCACCUUCGGUACCAAAGGCAACAUCAACCCCGAAACCCACCCGUACUACAGUGGGCCUGGACGACAAGGGAGGUAAAUGCGGCACUACUCGGGGAUGCUUCAGCCAAUGUGUGGAGAAGGACUGCACAUUCAACGUGCAAUGGCGAGAUAUGGGGGACCGGGUGUGGUUCAGCUUAUCGGUCAAGGUGCUGCCGGACACACCCGACCAGUGGGUGGCUCUAGGGAUGUCGCAUGAUACGAAGAUGGGCGACGACAGCGUUGUUGAGUGUCUGAGUCAGGGCGGCAGACGCAGCAUGAGCAUCUCCUACAACUACCAAAGGUCCAACAGGAGAAUGAACCCGAUGAACCCCGUCAUCUUCCCCAUCUCCGACACCAUGGCAGACGGUGUACUCACAUGCGAGUUCGUACGGGCCAAGAUGGUGCCCGGAAACGACAAGAUUUACAACUUGGACAAGUCCUGGUUCAUGUUGGUCGCCCAAGGCCCCAUUGUUUCUGGCCGCAUGGAGCGUCACACCAACCUGCCGUGGGUGUCGAGGUACAGGGUCGACCUGAAGGCUACCCAGCAGAUGCAAGUGGCUUUCGGAGACAGAAUCUUCAUCAAGGUUCAUGCCUGUGCGAUGACCUUCGCGUGGAUGUUCCUGGCCAGCAUUGCUAUUGUCGUGGCCCGCUUCUACAAACCGAUGUGGCCCCAGUCCCGGGUAUGCGGCCGCAAGCUGUGGUUCACGAUACACCGGAUGUGCACGAUGUUGCUGGCGUUGUUGGUUGUGGGGGCUUUUGUCGUCAUCUUCCUGGAGGUCAAAGGUCUCAGUGAUGUAAGUGACACUUAA